AUGAGGAUCCGGUUGCCCUUCGCAGCGGUCUUCCUGCUCCUCCUCCUUGUCGCCGGUUACGCUGGCUUGACCUCUAUCCAAGUCACCCAAUAUGUAAACGACAAGGUCCUCCACUUCGGUACCUUCUUCCUCCUCACCGUCGUCUUCUACUGGAUCAUCGAUACCAACCGCCGCCGGACCCUGAACAUGACGUUGGUCGUUUGCACUCUCGUCCUUGGCGUCGGCUCCGAGUUCCUCCAGAGCUUCCUCCCCAAUGACCGAACCUUUGACCUAUACGACAUUGUCGCCAACGUACUGGGUAGUCUGGCAGCUCUAGGCCUCUGCACCUGGUAUCACAAACGCAUGCUCGAGCGUAGAAGGCAACGAAAGCACUAUAAUGCUGUACCGGGCGAGGACGAGGACGACCUGGAGCUUGGUGAAGGUCAUGAGACCGGGGUCACCGAUCCCCCCACCCGGACUCGCACUCUGGAGGAGCAGGUGGACAACUGGGACGAGAACCAUGUCGAUGAUGACUGGGAUGAGGAUGACGCUCCGGCGUCGUCAGGAGCAGCCAAUACCAAGGACAUCACCGAUACUGGUGAUUUGGGAGAUGUGGUGAAGAAGCGGGUGGACUAG